CUGCUGCCUACCUUGCAAGCACAAGGGCCGGAGUUCCAUCCCCGGUACAAAAAAAAAAAGACUGCACAAAACUGCACCAGAGCCAUAAACAACAAACAGUUGUUUGGUAGAGUGAUAAAGGCAAGCAUUGCUAUUGACAAUGGGAGAGCAGCUGAAUUCAUCCGAAGGCGAAACUACUUUGAUAAAUCCAAGUGUUAUGAAUGUGGGGAAAGUGGACACUUAAAUUAUGCCUGUCCGAAAAAUAUGCUUGGAGAACGUGAGCCUCCAAAGAAGAAAGAAAAAAAGAAGAAAAAGAAAAUCGCCGAACCAGAAGAAAUGGAGGACGUAGCAGAAAGCGAAGACGAAGGGGAAGACCCCGCUCUGGACAGUCUCAGCCAAGCCAUCGCGUCCCAGCAAGCCAAGAUCGAAGAACAGAGCAAAUGGAAGCCCAGUGUGGGGGACCCCUCAACGUCAGAGGAUUCACGGUGCCCGAGGAUAAAGAAGACCACAUACUUUAGUGAUGAGGAAGAGUUUAGUGAUUAGAGUAGUAUCAUGUAAUGUCUGGAAAACAAAAACCAUCUGCAGUACAAAUUAUUUGCAUAUAAGAGCACUUAGGACCAGAUAGUAUUUUUUACCAUAAAACAGUGCUUAGAAGAUGAAAAAUAAUUUUUUAAUAUAUCAUGUUUCAAGCUGGGUACAGUGACCUACUCCUGUAAUUCCAGCACUCUGGGAGGCUGAGGCAGGAGGACUUAAAGUUCAAGCCCAGCCUGGGAAACUUAG